UUCCGGCGCCGGAACAGUGAACGCCAGAUCCGCCGUGGGCGGUGUGUCCUGGGGGCGGGGACCGGUGUAGCGGGUGGCGGGGCUUUGAGGCUGAACAUUUAUCUCUCGGUGGCCUGGGCCGGCGCCCAGAGGUGGAACCCAAGGGGGAACCCAGCACUCUGCUGGGACGCACAGGUCGCCCUUGCGCGCUGUGCCGGCUUGGUCCGCGGGCAGACAGCCCUGAGCUCCCGCAGCCCCUCAGCUCCGCGCGGGCGAGGCUGCUGGGGACAGCGCGAGGCUUCGGCCGGGUCUGCGUCCCCGCCUGCCACGCCCUGCCGGGCGACCCUGGAGCUCAUGUCCAGAUGCUAACCUGGACACCACAGGGUAUCCCUCUGGGCAACUAAAAGGGUCAGCUCUGGUGCCCAGGCUGAAGCCAGCCAGCCCUGAGCCUUAGACCAGAGGAAUGGCAUCCCCCCAGGAGCCCCAGGACCAGGCUCCUGGGGAGGGAGAAGGACUUCUGAUUGUGAAGGUGGAAGAUUCCUCCUGGGAGCAGGAAUCUGGCCAGCAGGAGGACAGAAGGAAUUCUGAGGCCUGCCGCCAGCGCUUUCGUCAGUUCUGCUACAGGGAAGUAGGUGGGCCACAUGAGGCCUUCAGCCAGCUCUGGGAGCUCUGCUGCCGCUGGCUUCGGCCCGAAUUGCAUACUAAGGAGCAGAUCCUGGAGCUGCUGGUGCUGGAGCAGUUCCUGAUGGUGCUGCCGGGGGAGAUCCAGGCCCAGGUGCGGGGGCAGUGCCCGGGGAAUGGUGAGGAAGCUGUUGCCUUGGUGGAGGACCUACAGAAGCAGCCAGUGAAGGCCUGGUGGCAGGAUAGGCCCUCAGAGGACAAGGAACCUGAGGCUGUGGUCCAGACAUCCCAGGCCAAGGGGAUGGUGGGAGUAUGGAGCGAGCUGCCUGCUCCCCAGGAUCAGCCCACCCAUCGUGCCCAGCUUCCCGCUCUUCUUAAAGAGAGGAGUACCAGAGAAACACCAGAUGCCUGCUUUGCCUCUGGGGUCCAUGGACCUGGGGGAUUGGGAGACAUUCCCUUCUAUUUCUCGAGGGAAGAAUGGGGUUCCUUGGACCCUGCUCAGAGGGAUCUCUUCUGGGACAUAAAGCGGGAGAACUCCCGGAACACCACCCUGGGUCUGGAGCUCCAAAGCCAAAACAAGAGGGCCCUGCUGGAAGAGGUGAAGGUGCUGCCCGGCCAAGCGGGUGGCGAAAGGACCGUGUCCUGCAGUCCUCGGGAAGCUAAGGCCUGGAGGAGAGAGCACCAGCCUGGGGCGUCCCUGGGCCGACCAGUGGGGGCGCGGCCGGGGCGGCCACCCACGUGCCGGCGCCAGUUCCAGGACCUAGCGGCGGAGAAACCGCAUAGCUGCGGGCAGUGCGGGAAGCGCUUCCGCUGGGGCUCGGAUCUGGCUCGCCACCAGCGCACACACACUGGCGAGAAGCCGCACAAGUGUCCCGAGUGCGACAAGAGCUUCCGCAGCUCUUCGGACCUGGUGCGCCACCAGGGCGUGCACACAGGCGAGAAGCCAUUCUCCUGCACUGAGUGCGGCAAGAGCUUUAGCCGCAGCGCCUACCUGGCUGACCAUCAGCGCAUCCAUACGGGCGAGAAGCCCUUUGGCUGCAGUGACUGCGGCAAGAGCUUCUCGCUGCGCUCCUACCUGCUGGACCACCGGCGUGUGCACACAGGCGAGCGGCCCUUUGGCUGUGGCGAGUGUGACAAGAGCUUCAAGCAGCGUGCACACCUCAUAGCCCACCAGAGCCUGCACGCCAAGACGGCCUAGCCCGUGGGGUGAGCAGCCAGUGAGAACAGUGUGGCCUCCUUUGUCCCUGGGCUUCUCCACCAGUCUCAGGCUACUUCUUGGCCUGCUGGAGCAACCCAGGCUCAGUAUAGCCCUGCCUGCCUCCCAGGAGGUGCCCUGCACUCCCUGGAACAAAAGUCUGGCUGACCUUGUCUUCUCUUCUUGCUCUGCAUUUCUCUUUUCCCUAGUUUCCUGGAGCCUUAGCAUAUUCCUGGCAGGGGCAGGGGCAUCAGGUAGUGUGACGAUUCAGGAAGGACCGUGGGAAGAAGCCCUGGGCCUCAGCCAGAGGUGGCCACUGGCUCUUUGUUUCCUGCCUUCUCAGGUGGGUCUGUGGGCCAGGCCCUCUGCCCUGCCGACCUGUGCCUUCAGUGGGGGCAGAGAGCCUCGGUGUCCCCAGGGGUCUGCUUGGCUUUGGAAGGGACAAUGGGCCCACACAUAUGAGAAACUGAGGUCUGGGUCUGGCCACAGGGAUAUUCUGGCCUUCAUUCCCUCCCACUUGCUGGCCAUGGCCACUCUGUCCUGGUCUGGCCACAGGAAGCUGGCACAUUUGCUCUUGGACGGUGCACCCCCUCCCCACAAGCCCCCAUCUACCAUUCUGGAUGAUAGGUGGUUGGAGGCCCCCUGCUGCCCACUCCUUCAGAGGCAUGGCCUUGGCUAUACUUAACCCUAGCACUCCUUCAGCACAUUGUUGCUGACUCCUCAAGCACUGCAUUCCAUUUUUUGUCUGCAUUAUGUGCAGAUUUGUAUGAACAGGGACAGACCAAGGCCCUUCCAAAGAAGUCAGCCCAUUGGAUCUCAGAAGGGUUUGAAUAAACACGGAAACUUCU